CUAGCCGCAGAAAGUGGGAUGCGGUUUGCGAGCCACUAAUUUUUCUUCCCUUCCUCGGAGCUACACCACUACCGACAUCACCUCACCUCAACCUCAACCUCACCUUACCUUACCUUGCCUUACCUCUUCCACCCGGCGUCCCCCAUUCCAAUACACGACGAAGCCCGUUUAAUCCUCGGCCUCGGCACGUUGCAUACAACCAUUGCGGCAGGUCCGUGUCUGUUGUCCGUAAUACGCGACACUAUGCGCUACUAGCAGCUUACAGCAGGAGAACAUGGGGAAGCGGCGGAAAGUCACGCAUAAUGCUCGACCGGCGCAGAAGUCCAAUGCUAGCGGUCAAAAGCCGCAGGGGGUAACAAAACCUCAACCUCAAAAGCAGAAGCAGAAGCAACCACAGCCGCAACACGACGAGCCCACGAUACCCUUCGCACCCGAAGACAAAAUCCUAUUAGUCGGCGAUGGCGACCUUAGCUUCGCGGCCUCCCUGGUUGAGCACCACUACUGUGCCGACGUGACCGCCACGGUCCUUGAGAAGAAUCUUGAGGAGCUGGUAGAAAAGUAUCCCCACGUGCCGGAGAACAUCGCCAAGGUCGAGGCCGAAGAUAGCAAGGUGCUCUACGGCGUGGACGCCACCAAGAUGGCGCCGUUCGUAGACAAGAAAGGAAAGGACGGCACGGGAGUCAUGGACCGGAUUAUCUUCAACUUCCCGCAUGUCGGCGGGAAGAGCACCGAUGUCAACCGACAAGUCCGGUAUAACCAGGAGCUGCUAGUAGAAUUCUUCAAGCACGCGAUGCCGUCCCUAGCACCCGGGGGCUCGAUCGUCGUUACGUUAUUCGAGGGCGAGCCGUACACGCUGUGGAACAUUCGAGACCUCGCUAGGCACACUGGUCUCCAAGUUGAGCGCAGCUUCAAGUUCCAAGCAAGCGCAUAUCCGGGCUAUCACCACGCGAGGACGCUCGGCGUGGUGAAGAGCAAAAGCGGAGAAGCGGGCGGCGGUUGGAAGGGUGAGGAUAGGGCUGCGAGAAGCUAUAUAUUCGUUCGGAAAGACGACGAAGCUCGGCCGCGUCCGGGAAGUAGUAAGAAGCGCUCGAGGGCUCGGGAUGAUGAGUCUUCGGACGAUGAUUGAUGUGCAAAUUGCAUAUAUAAUACCCCUGUGAAUUUCCCUCGAUGAAGUAUUUAUAGACGAAGAUAUGACUCUUAGAUAUAAGGUCUUACGCAUUUAAUCCCUAGAGCUAUAUGAAUUCGACUUUGAAUAAGAUUACAAUUAAGUAUAA